AUGAGGUGGAGCACAAGCAAGGCAGUGGUCGGCUCCCUCGAGGGCGACGUGGUGCGGGUGCUAGUCGGCGACGAACAGCGCGAGUUCACCAUCCACCGAGCACUCCUCAGCGACAGCUGCGCCUUCUUCCGCGGCCACCUCGAGAGCAUCCCAAUCCGAUCCACCACAAGCCCAAGAGGGGACGACGACGACGACGAUGACUCCGUCCUCUGGCUCCCAAACGAAGGACCGGACAUGUUCGAGAUCUUCGUCCUCUGGCUAUACCAACGUCGACGGUUCCCCGCCUUCCUCACCCACGCCCUGCCUAGCCACAUCCCAUCCCCGACCACAGCAUCAACGACCUCAACCUCAACACCAUCACCCACCAACCCCCAGAUCGAACAAUUCCGCACCCUCCGCACCAACCUCGUCCGCCUGCACCUCUUCGCAGCCAUCAUCGACCUGCCCGCAGCCCAAGACGCCGCCAUGGACGCCCUGCAAGACCUCUACCUCCGCUUCGACUGGUCCAUGUCCCCGCGGUUCCUGGCGUUUCUGUACGGCGACUGCGAAGCCCAGCACGCGGCUGUUCGAUUGCGCAAGUGGGCGGUCGCUAUGUUGGCUUGGACUCUCCACGGGGCUGCUCCUGGGUCCUUGCCUAGCCCCGGUCCAGACGCAGAACGCCUCUUCACGCAGUACCCCCUCCUCCGCGCAGAUUACCGCCUCCACCUGCAAAAAAUGGCCCAAAGCCGAGCCGACGUCGCAGUCAAGAACCCCCAACUGCGGCUGCCUGCCAACGGACUCCGAAGCGGGGAACGACUGUUUGGUUUUCGGCAGUGUACGUUUCACAGUCAUCGGGCGGCGGUCGGGGAGGGGCCGUGUCCGCAUGCGGUUGGUUAUGGGUUUGUUAAUCCUAUUCCGUCUACUGGGAGGAGGGAUAAGGAGGAGGUGGAGUCGGAUCGGGAUGAGGAGUUGAUUACGCCUGUGGGGGAGUGGGGGGGGUCUGUUUUGGAUUUAUAG